UACUGGGGAAUCUUGUCCGCCCAUUCAGAACGUUGAUGUUGUUUGAAGCGGGCCCAUGCGCAUUAAAGUCCUUCCUGAUGUUAAUUUUGGUAGCAAGGCUAGUGUACGUUGUAGGAACGGACUGCGUGGUUUCGUUCACAGCGAACAUACUAUACGUUUCCUCCCCCCCUCCCCAUCCCCUUUUCCAAUACACAGUACUACCAGAACGUAGUGUUGUUUAUGUUUGGAGAAAUUCUGGACUAAAAGGGACGAAUUGAAAGUAAUAUCUGUGGAAUAUUGUUGGUAUUCUCAUCUCGACAACACGCAGUCGGACACACUGAUGGCGGUCACUAUCGAGGAGCUGUAUCGUAACUAUGGGAUCCUUGCUGAUGCCAAGCCAGAGGACCUGAACCAGGUAAGCAUCAAAUGAAUGGCUAGCUAAUUGAAAUAUCUUCCAGAAUAGCUACCUUUUCAUAUAAAUUAUAUCAGCAGUGGAAGCCAAAGGUGAAAGUUAUGCUAACGAAUUGGCUACAUAGCCAGCUAGCUAGCAUCGCCUGGACAUGCUAAACAAGUGUUAGCUUGCUAACUAGCUAAAAUGUGCCUAUGUAGGUAGCUAACGUUAAUCCUUCUUCAUUUCAGUUAACGUAACCCGACGUUUUUAGUUUAGCUUGUCAGCUAGCUCAGUCAUGGAACAUCGCUAGUUAGCUGUGUGCAAUCAACUUUAAUUUCUAGCAAGCGGGGUAGUUAGCUAGAUACCUAACGACGAUUUUAGCGGCUAGUUAGCUAUCUAAGUACUGUAGUUGGCCUAGAUGAGUUGAUGUUGAUUCCCGCGCACAGCUUCUGCCGAAAACGUAUUUACGCCAUGACUCUUGCAACUUGUCAUGUUGGUAAGAUUUACAAUGUUAAACUCAAAGGCUAGCUGACACAGCAGGCAGCUGAGGGAAGGACGGCUCAUAAUAAUUGCCGGAGUAAAUGGCAUGGCCUCAAACACAUGGAAACCAUGUGUUUGAUGUAUUUGAAACCAUUCGGCUCCAGCCAUUACCACAAGCCCGUCCUUCUCAAUUAAGAUGCCACCAACAUCCUGCGCUAGCUAGCUACUAUGCCAAGGGCUUCAAACAUUGCAGGCUUGUUUGGCAGAACGCUCAAUUUUCUAGUCCUCUACUGAACACUUUUGACCAAUUCACUGGAAGCUUUUGCAUUCAUGUUGGACAGUGAUGUCCUAUAUUACAAACUUGUGAAUGUAUCAAUUUGUUUCCAUCUCUUCUCCAGCACAAAUAUGCCUAUCAGGUGAUCCUUGAUGGGGUGAAGGGGGGUCCCAAGGAGAAGCGCUUGGCUGCACAGUUCAUUCCCAAAUUCUUCAGCAGUUUCCCAGAGCUGGCAGAUGCGGCAAUCAAUGCUCAGCUUGACCUGUGUGAGGAUGAAGACGUCUCAGUAAGGAUUUGAUCCCAGUGGGACUAUCAUUUCCAUUUGGAAAAUACUAUUGUCACAAUUCAUUUGACAAAAUAUAACAUGCAUAUACCACUAUACACACUUGAAACAUAAGAAGUUAGAUUUGAGAAAUCAAUCAAUCAAUGUAAAAGUGUACUUGGGUAAUGCCUGAUCAGAGUAGUCACACUACUCCAUUUCUCACCUGUUGUUGGUUUGUCAUCUUCCUUCCUCCUGUAGAUUCGGAGGCAGGCCAUCAAAGAGCUCCCCCGUUUCGCAGCCGGGGAGAACAUCGUCAGGGUAGCAGAUAUCCUCACCCAGCUUCUCCAGACAGGUACAGUACUCUUGAGCUAACCCACCUACUACUUCUUCUUGUACGUUUCCGGCAAAGACGCUGUAUUUCUCAGGUUGGGGUGCAAAUGACACAUUUAAUUAUCUAAUAGCCUCACACCCGUAGGUGCAGGCCACUGGAAUAGAGAAACCACAACGUCCUUGCUAUUUCGCUCUGCCUGUCAUUUGAGGCCAAAAUUGUUACAAGCGAAAAUGUGGUUACGCCCAACUCGGCCAGCUCACAGAAAAAUGUCCUCCUAUCCUCAGCAUACCGCCUGCAAUAUAACAGGACAUGCUUCACAUUAUCUACCUCUCCACAUUCCUCACACUUCCCAUCUGGUUGUUUCCCCACUAGCAAUAACCCACUUCCCAAUCCACAAUGGCCCAACCUCAGCCUUGUCAACAGAACCCCAUCCCCCCCCCCCCACCCUUUCACUCCCCAGAUACCUGCUGACCUUCCUCACAGACUUCUGGAUAGAGAAAAACUGCCUCCCUCUCUCCCACUCAUGUUGCCACUCCUGGGUCAACCCCUCUGCUAUGAUACUCCUACAUUCCAUCCCCCCCCUAACGGGACAACCACAUCUACCUCCUCCCUCUUCAGAGCCGCCUUCGCUACCUUAUCUGCUGCCUCAUUUACCCCUACCCCCAACAUGAAAACCUAUCUUACUCCCUUUCUGCACCACCCUAUAAAGUGCAAUCAACGGCACUAUUAUCAGGUCUGUGCUUGUCUUUGACUUCCCUUUUCUCAGGCUAGCAGCAGCGUCUGAACACAAAAUGACCCUAUUAGGCCACACUGUUUGUACUAUCCUGGGAGUGGACAUUAUGUAUGCCAUAGCGUAGUUUGUCAGAAGAUAUGUACUUUCUGUGAAACUGUGGGACCAAUAUUUAUACUCUCUUCUACGUUGGUGCUUACAGAUGAUUCGGCCGAAUUCAGCCAAGUGAACACAGCGCUGGUCUCCAUCUUCAAGAUGGACGCAAAGGGUAAGCGUCGAUUUUUCUCUCACGUUUGAAUAGGCUUUCAAUUGUUAAAAGACGGACUACUUCAUGAGUGAACAGGCAGGAUAAUGCAAUGCUCUACGAAUACAAAUGUAGUUAAGAAGAAAUAGUCGUUUCUCAGAUGUUUUCAUACCUCAAGCGGACUUUAUUCCACACGAUCUGUUGUGUAGAACCUCGCACAACGCUUUAAGAGAAAUUUGGCAGGCCUCAAUCGCAAAUGAAGUGGGAAAAUGGGCAUUAGAGUUAGAUGAUGUCGUUUGUUGAAGUGAGCAUAACAUGGCUUCCCCUCCAAGGCUGAAGGACUGUAUAGCCUCUAAGUACUUUGUCUAGCCAACCUGUAUCUCUCUGCUCGGCCUCAGCUACCCUGCGAGGCCUCUUCUCUCAGAUCCUGCAGGGGGAGGACAUAGUGAGGGAGAGGGCCAUCAAGUUCCUCUCCAUCAAGCUGAAGACACUGCCUGAAGACACCAUGACCAAGGACGUGGAGGACUAUGUGUUCACAGAGACAAAGAAGGUAUGUUCCAUAUCUCUCUGCUUUGGUAGCAACCAUCAAAGUGAAUCACCUGGGAUGAUACACUCCAUGCUUGAGGCUGUUUAGUAGAGCACUUUGUGAAAGGGCUCAGAUGGGAUGAAGUAGAAUGUGUUUUUCUUACUAUUAUUGGCAAACUGAAUACAAGAUCUCCAUAGGAGGGAUCUGUAAUCUAGUUGUGUGUUGGAUAUAUUUGUAACUGGUCAGCCUCACGUUGACUCCUGGAUCUUGUUCAUUAGGGCACAACAUAGCAAAACGUCUUGCAAGCGAAAAUGACUGUUUCUUGUUGGACAAGUCCAUGUAGUCCCUCCCCGUUGUAGUCUGGUUUUCUUUAGCUUUGUGCCUACUGAACACGUCUCAGCCCUCUGACCCACAUUGACCUCUGAACCAUUCCCCCUCCAACCACAGGUGCUGGAGGACGUGACGGGGGAGGAGUUUGUGCUGCUGAUGCGCAUCCUGAUGGCACUGAAGGGCCUGCAGACGGUGAGCGGGCGGCAGCAGCUGGUGGAGCUGGUGGUGGACCAGGCCUUCCUGGAGCAGGCGCUGAACCCCGCCGACCCUGACACCGUGGACCGCUUGCUGCAGUGCACGCGCCAGGCCCUGCCCCUCUUCUCUGUGAGUGAUGCAUACAUAUACACAUUAUAACACACAAGCUGACGGGUCAGCCCAUGCCCCUCUUCUCUGUGAGUGUUAUAACACACACAGGUCCAAGUCAUAAUAAUGUACUCCUCUUAGCGACUUACAGGGAGUGCAUACACUUUUAGUGUGUGCCCCCCUGUGGGAUUUGAACCCAUGACCUUGGCAUUGCUAGUACCACACGUCUACCAACUGAGGAAGCCGCAGUCUCCCACUCACAACACACACGCACGGUAUCACCAAACACAUCGUGCUAAUGUGUUGCUCAAUGCUCACCUCACACAGUCACCUCACACAUACUGUUGAUUGUUUGCAAAUGGCUAAUUACUCUUGUGAUGAGAACCCUGAGAUUCAGUAUCUGUUUGUGGCGUUACGUCUCAUUGUUACUACUUUCCUGUUUAUGCAUGUUUAUUGGUCAAGGUUCUGACCUGAUUCGACCAACCACAUCAAGUAGACGACCCCCUCCCCCCUUUCUUAUAAUUAACUUUUUUCUGCGACUUCUUGAACUUUGCUACCCUUCCAGAAAAAUGUCCAUUCCACCCGCUUUGUGACCUACUUCUGUGACCACGUCCUGCCCAACCUCAGCACCCUGACCAGUCCCGUGGCAGAGCUGGACAUUCAGCUGGAGGUCAGUUACCGCCCUCCCCUGUACCAACCAUACAGAGUUCAGGCAACUAGUCCUCAAUGUUGGCUCCAACAUGCCAGGAUAAUAGCAUUGUCAUUGACGUGUGUGUGUGUGUGUUUGUAGGUGCUAAAGCUGCUUGCUGAGAUGAGUCCUUUCUGUGGGGACAUGGAGAAGGUGGAGGCCAACCUCACCAUGCUUUUUGAGAAGCUUCUGGUAAGUAACAGCCUAGCUCAGCCUUGUAAUGGACUUCGGUGUGCUUUCACCAUACUGCGUGGGAUAGUGGGUCGGUGUUGAUUUUGGUCCGGGACAUGUAAAUCUGCUUUAUCAGACUGGUAAAAGGCUAAUGGACAAAACAGACCGUGCAAACGACCGCUAAAAGCAACGAGUGACCAUCCUCUCGCCUCUUACCACAGAACUUUGGCCGUCAUUUUAAUUUCCUAACGAUUCUACAUGUUGAACCGCCUCUGCUACGUCAACACCCAUGAGGUGAUCUAGUGUGCCCAGCCGAUGUUCGUUGUGGUGUGUUUUGUCCUUAACUGGUCCUGGCUGGUAAAAGGCGAACUGAUCAACCCCUUCCUCCCUGUGUCUAGGAGUUGAUGCCGCUUCCCCCAGAGGCGGAGGGUGAGAAUGGCGAGAACACGACGAGCGAGGAGCCCAAGCUGCAGUUCAGCUACGUGGAAUGUCUCCUCUUCAGCUUCCACCAGCUGGGCAAGAAGCUGCCUGACUUCCUCAUCGACAAGAUCAAUGCAGAGCGCCUUAAAGACUUCAAGAUCAGGUAGAGGAAGGGUUCCCCCCCCUGCAAAUGUUUUGUCAACGUUUGUGUGUCUUUUUGAUCAGUCUUGGUUUGUUGUGGGAACGUUUGGCAUAUAAUAUCUUCUGGUCUUUUUGUGUUUUCGCACCAUUUUCAGUUUAGUGAUCUGCAUUCAUGCGUUAUAGCAAUGUUUCUGUUGAAUUUCUAUCAGUCUCCUCCAGGGCAUUAAAUGAACACAUGCCAAAUGCGGGUAAAUUUAGGUAUUGGCGGGUAAGAAUGUUUAUUUCACCAGCCACGUUUGCGGGUGGUCAAUUUGCAGGGCUCUAUAGUGCAAGCAUUACAUUCGGUAAUAAUAAUUAAGACACACAAAUGACUAGAGGGAGUCCGACUAGAGGGCAGGGCUCAGACUUGCGAGUGACUAGCACCUGUUGUCUCUCUCUCCUCCCUGCUGCAGCGACCACCACAGCGCGAUAAACACAGUUUAUGUUCUGUCUGUGUUGUUGAAGCUGCAACAUAAUUACAGCCAUUUCUGACUGAGAAGUUCUGUUACCGAAAUCCCUAAUUUGUUUAGGAAAAACAUGGCCUAUUCCCUCAGCCCUUACUCUCUUUACGUGACACAUGUAUGCAACACAUGCACUUGUCCAAAGACCUAUUCGCACGGGAGUAGUAUUACUCGUAGAGAACGUUGGUUAUGUAAUUUACUCCAGAAUGUCUGUCAUUCCAGAUGACGAUUCGGACAAGACUCGUUUUUUUUCCAAACUGCCCCCUGUCAUUUUUUUCAAAUAAAUGGACAGUUAUGACCGAAGCCUGGAGGUUUUUAUUCUAGGUGUGAAGAUAGUAUUUCAACAUGUACAGGUGAUAGGACCACACUGAGAACUCUAGCUUGAUUCCCAAGUUUCUAAACCAGCGUUCCUAUAGUGUCGCCAUAAUAUUUGAAUUGAGGAAGUGUGAUCAUAAUCAUUAGGAUAUUUUAGCGAUCCGCGGUACAUCCUAAAUGCCCCCCAGCCUUCAGAUGUGAGCUAAACAGUGCAAUUGCACUUGAGAUGCAUUUUAAGGCUAUGGAUGAGUUUCCAAACGUUUAGGUCAGUUGUAUGCUGCUUUGCAAUCUAUUAACAGCAAGGGUUGCAUUAAAUAUGCUCUAUUUUCAGUUCAUACGCACAAAACAUAUAAACAAAAGCAUUCACCGUGAAAGUUGAUAGGCUACAUGUAGGUCGUUCAUACAGUGCAUUCGGAAAGUAUUCAGACCCCUUGACUUUUUCCACAUUUUGUUACGUUACAGCCUUAAUCUAAAAUGGAUUACAUAAAAAUAAAAAAAUCCUCAGCAAUCUACACACAAUACCCCAUAAUGACAAAGCGAAAAUAGGUUUUUAGCAAAUUUAUAAAAUCAAAAAAACAGAUACCUUAUUUACAUAACUAUUCAGACCCUUUGCUAUGAGACUCGCAAUUCAGCACAGAUGCAUCCUGUUUCCACUGAUCAUCCUUCAGAUGUUUCUACAACUUGAUUGGAGUCCACCUGUGGUAAAUUCAAUUGAUUGGACAUGAUUUAAUAAGGCGCACACCUGUCUAUAUAAGGUCCCACAGUUGACAGUGCAUGUCAGAACAAAAACCAAGCCGUUAGGUCAAAGGAACUGUCCGUAGAGCUCUGAGACAGGAUUGUGUCGAGGCACAGAUCUGGGGAAAAGUACCAAAACAUUUCUACAGCAUUGAAGGUCCCCAAGAACACAGUGACCUCCUCCAUUCUUAAAUGGAAGAAGUUUGGAACCACCAAGACUCUUCCUAGAGCUGGCCGCUCGGCCAAACUGAGCAAUCAGUGGAGAAGGGCCUUGGUCAGCGAGGUGACCAAGAACUGGAUGGUCACUCUGACAGAGCUCUAGAGUUCCUCUGUGGAGAUGGGAAAACCUUCCAGAAGGACAACCAUCUCUGCAGCACUCCACCAAUCAGGCCUUUAUGGUAGAGUGGCCAGACGGAAGCCACUCCUCAGUAAAAGGCACGACAGCCCGCUUGGAGUUUGCCAAAAGGCACCUAAAGGACUCUCAGACCAUGAGAAACAAGAUUCUCUGGUCUGAUGAAACCAAGAUUGAACUCUUUGGCCUGAAUGGGUCACGUCUGGAGGAAACCUGGCACCAUCCCUACGGUGAAGCAUGGUGGUGGUAGCAUCAUGCUGUGGGGAUGUUUUUCAGCGGCAGGGACUGGGAGACUAGUCAGGAUCGAGGGAAAGAUGAACGGAGCAAAGUACAGAGAGAUCCUUGAUGAAAACCUGCUCCAGACCACUCAGAACCUCAGACUGGGGCGUAGGUUCACCUUCCAACAGGACAACAACCCUAAGCACACAGCCAAAACAACGCAGGAGUGGCUUCGGGACAAGUCUCUGAGUGUCCCAGCCAGAGCCCAGACUUGAACCCAAUCGAACAUCUCUGGAGAGACCUGAAAAUAGCUGUGCAGCGACGCUCCCCAUCCAACCUGACAGAGGUUAAGAGGAUCUGCAGAGAAGAAUCUGAGAAAUUCCCCAAAUACAGGUGCGCCAAGCUUGUAGCGUCAUACCCAAGAAGACUCGAUGCUGUAAUCGCUGCCAAAGGUGCUUCAACAAAGUACUGAUUGAAGGGUCUGAAUACUUAUGUAAAUGUCAUUUUAACGUUAAUUUUUUAUUAUUAGCAGAAAUGUCAAUCCUAUUUUUGCUUUGUCGUUAUGGGGUGUUGUGUGUAGAUUGAGGGGUAAAAAACGAUUUAAUCAAUUUCAGAAUAAGGCUGUAACCUAACAAUGUGGAAAAAGUCAAGGGGUCUGAAUACUUUCCAAAGUGAUGAAAUUAACAAAUUAAUGAUUGAUUGAUACAGUAGCCUAUAGAAGUGAUGAAAUAUAGGCUUAAGUAAGUUACGGUAUUAAGACUAAACACAAUGUGCUGUUAGGCCUACAGUUCGAUGGUGGUUAUUCAAGGCUGCUAUACCAAGCCUACUAAUGAUAAUGGCAUUAUUUAUUAUUACAAUAAUAAUAAUAGUAAUAAUAAGGCGAUCAAGAAAAAGGAGCAUUAUUAUUAUUAUUGUUAUAAAUAUUAUUUUGCUUUCCUCUCCUCACUUUUCUUAGACAAUAAGGCAAGGGCUGUUUUCUCAUCUCUUCAUUCUGCUGCUUCCUCCGUGGCGUAGUUCUCAACACCAAUACGCUGGUUAACGUUGCUAUUAUGCACAUAGUACAUGGUCUAGGAAAAGGCGCCAAUUCAACAGCACACUGUUUCAGAACCGUGGACAGCGACCGUUAUCCAACGAGGGAGAAAGCGCAUUUGUUAUAUGUUCCAUCCACAGUGGAUCAGUCCGCUCAGACAGGCGCGAAUCAGACCGGUGUCUUAUACACCGUGAGGUAAAUGUAUUUAGACACACGUGACAGGACUCGAGUGGGCCCCGUUACCAUAGUAACCUCCUGCCCUUCAAGGGGCCGCUGAACAGUUUUUCUCUAUUUUGAUUAAAACUCAGAUCACAAAUGAAAUUGCGCGAUAUAACACAUUACUUCUUACUAAUACAUUUCUUGUUUUAGAAACAUUACAAAGCAUGGAAAUGUGUUUUUUGAUGUAAUUAUGGUGGUAAAGAUUUGGGCUGAUAACAAAUGUGACAGGUAGAUCUGUCUGCCAUAGUGUCUGGUGGACCAAAAAGUACAUUUUAGGCCCUGGUCUCCACUAUAAUUUAAUAUGCCAUUUUAGCAGACGCUUUUAUCCAAAGCGACUUAGUCAUGCGUGCAUACAUUUUUUUUUUUUUUUUGUGUAUGGGUGGUCCCGGGGAUCGAACCCACUACCUUGGCGUUACAAGCGCCGUGCUCUACCAGCUGAGCUACAGAGGACCACAAUCCAGACACCAUAGUGUCUGGAUGCCAGUAAUGUCAUCUUUUUUUUUUUUUUCUUCAGUCACUCUAACCCUAGUUUGUCUUCUCUCCUGCCUUCAGGUUACAGUACUUUGCCAGAGGGCUGCAGGUAUACAUUCGCCAGCUGCGAGUAGCCCUACAAGGCAAGACGGGAGAGGCACUGAAGACCGACGAGGUAUGUAUCGUUUUAGCAGCUGUUUUGCUCUCUGAUGAGGACUUGCUUUGUUUCCUCUUGACGGUAUCUCACCAGCCACAAAGAAUCAUGCAGAUUCAAUCAGGAACAGUCUCUGGAGACAUUGUUAAUCAUGUGUUCCUUCUGUUCUAGUGUAAUAGUUGUCUUGUGUUUUCAUCCCUCUUAGAACAAGAUCAAAGUGGUGGCUCUGAAGAUCACGAACAACAUCAACGUUCUGAUCAAGGUGAGAUGUUCAUCUUCGAUGUGUUAACACUGGGUCAACCCUGAAAGACACUGGGUCAACUGUACAUAGCUAGUUGUAUCUCUAACAUUCUCAUUACUGUUCUGCUUUUCUGCAGGAUCUCUUCCACAACCCACCAUCGUACAAGAGCACAGUCACGCUGUCCUGGAAGCCUGUCCAGAAGCCUGAGGCUGUAGCGUAAGUCUCUUUAUUUUUUAUUUUUUUUAUUUUUAUGUUGUCAUGGGUAAUCUGGUGACCGAGAAUAUCGGGUUUCUGAUUAAGUGUUAUUAACCUUACACUCUAAAAUCCGAAAUGUUCAGACCUCAAACGUAGUCAAGAUGAGUUCACAUCCCAGGCCAUCUUAUGUAAAUCCGUCUCUCUGCCACAAUCUAAAAAGAAUGGAAGCGAUAAGUACCAUGUAGUGUCCAGAUUUGUGGAUGAGUUAUGUAGCUAGAGCUAUACAACUGAUGGUGUGGGGAAACGUCUGACCAAUGUUGAUUUUGGAGUGCAAUGUCCCUUUAAUGUUAAUUCAUGGGUCAACUGACCUGCUCACUUCAAUGUAUGGACACUAGCAACUUCUCAGUACAAACACAAUAACCUCAUCAGAUAAGACUGAAAACGCAACAUUAGUGUUAGCAUUAUGACCCCAGGUGACCUCUAUGUAACCUGUGACCUUUGCCCUCUGUGCCCAUCAGUCAGAAGCGCCCAUCCGGGGAGGAGAUGGGCACAGGCAGUACCAUGAAGAAGCAGCUGUCCCCCCUGCCCCGAAGGAACGCGAGACAGAUCUACAACCCUCCCAGCGGCAAGUACAGCGCCACCAUUGGCAACUUCACCAACGGUGAGGGUGGCACUUGGGUAGCAUGUCAAACAGUAGAACGUUGCACAGACGUUGUAUCUGGGUUUUUCUCAUGGGUUCUCUCACGUUUUGUCUCAUCUACCUUUGUCGAGUGCACUUGGUGUUACUUAGUCACUCUGGGUAAGAGAGUCAAUGACUGAACUGGAAACAUGUUUGGUGCCUACUGUUUCUUUCCAUUGUGUGUGUGUGUGUGGUGGAUGUUGUUCACUUCCAUCUUGUAUUGUGCCUAGGGUUGCAAAGGGAGGGUAUAUUACUGGAAACUUUUCAAAGUUUACCAGUAAAUAACCAGAAUUUUGGUAACUUAAAGUUUCUUUAAGUUUAUCCGAUGACAUCUAGUGGCCUUUUGGGUACUUUAAAUUAUCACAGGUGUCUAAUUAUCUCUGGACCUCUGUGUGGCCUUAUCAUAUGUAAAACAUAUAAAAUAAUCAAGUAAGGUGAUUUUAGAAUAAAAAUAGAAUGACAAAGCUGUAAAACAUAUUUUACUAUGUUUAAUGUCUUUGUUGUAAAUGUUUUGGCGCCGAACUGGUGGCAGUUGUAGCUCAGUUGGUAGAGCAUGGCGCUUGCAACGCCAGGGUUGUGGGUUCGAUUCCCACGGGGGACCAGUAUGAACAAAUGUAUGCACUUACUUAACUGUAAGUCGCUCUGGAUAAGAGCGUCUGCUAAAUGACUAAAAUGUAAAAGAGUCAAUCGUUGGAAGAGUUGCAGAGUUCAUUGAAAAUAAUGCCAUUGUUGAUUUAGAUGCUUUUUUUCAUUAAAUAGGCAAUUUUCUCUUGAACCAUAUGGUCUAACCACUUGAAACUCAUAGACAAUAUGCAUACAGAUAUAAACAAAAAAUGAAUACUAUAUAUGAGUAAGUUAUUCAAGUAUAAAUCACCAAAGUUACCAUAGAUUACCUGUUAAUUGCCAAAAUUACCGAAGAUAACGCUUUGCAACCCUAAUUGUGCCAUGUACACCCUAUAUGGGGAAUAUGAGGGUGUUACUAGAGUGACUGAGGUGCACAUGCUGAUGCUUAAAUGUUGCUAAUGUGUUAAAAGGAUAGGAAAUCCAAAAUCACCAUUGUUUUUAAGCUGAGCCCUCUGUUUUAUGUGAGCUAUUGAGAAAUAUGCAACUAAGUGGAGGGAAUGGCACUAGCUAAAUAUUACUAUCCUUUUUAAAGGCCCAGUGCAGCCAAGAUGUUUUUUUCUGUGUUUUGUUAUCAUAUUAUACAACAUCUGAUGAAACUAACUGUAAAAAUGUUACAAGUGUUAUGUCCUGAUAGUUGCUGUUUGAAAAUACAAUUUGCUUUCUAAUCAGCAGGUUUUGCAUGGGUGGAUUUUUGGCUUGCCUUGUGACAUCACCAGGCCGUAUAGGUUUAAUAGACCAAUAACAAAUAGAGUUCCAAAUCGUACAUUUACAUUUACGUCAUUUAGCAGACGCUCUUAUCCAGAGCGACUUACAAAUAGGUGCAUUCACCUUAUAGCCAGUGGGAUAACCACUUUACAAUGGGUUUUUUUUGGGGGGGGGGGGGGGGUAGAAGGAUUACUUUAUCCUAUCCCAGGUAUUCCUUAGAGGUGGGGUUUCAAAUGUCUCCGGAAGGUGGUGAGUGACUCCGCUGUCCUGGCGUCGUGAGGGAGCUUGUUCCACCAUUGGGGUGCCAGAGCAGCGAACAGUUUUGACUGGGCUGAGCGGGAACUAUGCUUCCGCAGAGGUAGGGGAGCCAGCAGGCCAGAGGUGGAUGAACGCAGUGCCCUCGUUUGGGUGUAGGGACUAAUCAGAGCCUGAAGGUACGGAGGUGCCGUUCCCCUCACAGCUCCGUAGGCAAGCACCAUGGUCUUGUAGCAGAUGCGAGCUUCAACUGGAAGCCAGUGGAGUGUGCGGAGGAGCGGGGUGACGUGAGAGAACUUGGGAAGGUUGAACACCAGACGGGCUGCGGCAUUCUGGAUGAGUUGUAGGGGUUUAAUGGCACAGGCAGGGAGCCCAGCCAACAGCGAGUUGCAGUAAUCCAGACGGGAGAUGACAAGUGCCUGGAUUAGGACCUGUGCCGCUUCCUGUGUAAGGCAGGGUCGUACUCUCCGAAUGUUGUAGAGCAUGAUGUUAGCGGAGAACGACAGGGUGUUGUCCAGGGUCACGCCAAGGCUCUUCGCACUCUGGGAGGAGGACACAACGGAGUUGUCAACCGUGAUGGCGAGAUCAUGGAACGGGCAGUCCUUCCCCGGGAGGAAGAGCAGCUCCGUCUUGCCGAGGUUCAGCUUGAGGUGGUGAUCCGUCAUCCAUACUGAUAUGUCUGCCAGACAUGCAGAGAUGCGAUUCGCCACCUGGUUAUCAGAAGGGGGAAAGGAGAAGAUUAGUUGUGUGUCAUCAGCGUAGCAAUGAUAGGAGAGGUCAUGUGAGGAUAUGACAGUGCCAAGUGACUUGGUGUAUAGCGAGAAUAGGAGAGGGCCUAGAACUGAGCCCUGGGGGACACCAGUGGUGAGAGCACGUGGUGCGGAGACAGCUUCUCGCCACGCCACUUGGUAGGAGUGACCGGUCAGGUAGGACGCAAUCCAAGAGUGAGCCGCGCCGGAGAUGCCCAGUUCGGAGAGGGUGGAGAGGAGGAUCUGAUGGUUCACAGUAUCAAAGGCAGCAACAGGUCUAGAAGGACAAGAGCAGAGGAGAGAGAGUUAGCUUUAGCAGUGCGGAGAGCCUCCGUGACACAGAGAAGAGCAGUCUCAGUUGAAUGACCAGUCUUGAAACCUGACUGGUUUGGAUCAAGAAGGUCAUUCUGAGAGAGAUAGCAAGAGUUGGCUAAAGACGGCACGCUCAAUAGUUUUGGAGAGAAAAGAAAGAAGGGAUACUGGUCUGUAGUAAAUCUCUCUGCCAAUAACGGCUAGUUUUCAGGUUACAUAUCCCUCCCAUUAGGCCCCUCACUCAGACCACUCCCAGACAGUGAGGGGAUUCGAUUAUCUGGCCAGAAUUACCCCCAGUGGUCGGAGUUUGUACCUGGUUAAAAGUGAUUGCAUUUGUUUUGGAACCUGGCUGCCUCCUGGGCGUGAGCCAGGUGCUCCGUUCAAAGGCACUGGAGAAGUCGUCUCAACAAGUGACAUAGACUAGAUUGAGCACGUGUAGUAAUGAGUAGGAUUCACUUGCCUUUUGAUAUGAAGGCUUUAUUUGCCUUCCUAAUUAAAACUAGUUUGAAAAUGAAAACAUAUUUUAUGGAAAAGAGAUGUUUCUGGACGAUCCACCAUGCUGCCUUGUUGACAACAUUACGGAGCGGUGCAGAUUCCUGUUUGAUUUGAGAAGGGCGCUCCUCCUUCAUGCUGCGUUUAGGCUAGGGAUGCAAAAACCAUCAUGCCAGUCGGCAUAGUGGGACAAGAAAUGUUAGUUGAUGACGGCAAAAGCAAGCCAGCGCGAUGGUAUGCGUUGCUAUGGUGAUUUCAGCAAAUCAACAUCCGGUAGAAAACAACAUUAAUGCAGACUGCAAAAGUUGAAAUAUUUUAACUCUGGGGGGGGGCAAGUCCCAUCUACCUUGGCGGCGUUCACCGCCAGCCUCAAUGGCACUUACCGUCGUGCUCUCAUUGAAAACAAUGACAUCCGGUUUGCCAUCUACCUCGUACCAUGUAAAUGCAGCAUCACCACUUUUGCUCGUUCACGUCACGUGCCAUAGACGGUGCACAGCAGCUCAGGUUAAUAGAAAUCCCUCAGUCCUAGCAAAAUCCUUGCUUGAGAAAUAGAUUUUUGCUUUAAAGCCAUUCUUGUUUCUUUUUGACUAGUUGAAUGGAAAACUAUUACAGUAAGGUAUUUAAUUUUAAUAUUGAGAUAAAAACGCCUUUUAGCUCUAAUACAAGAUGAGUCGGGGCAGGAGUUUUUCUCUGACCAUGUGACCCAAUUAUUUCUUCCUUUUUAUAGGCUGUUUGAGAUGUACUACAUUGCCAUCGGGUUUUAUCCCGUCAAACACGCUAAAUUACUAAAACUAGGGCCCAGUCUUUCCUGGCCAGGAAAAACUCCUGACUCAAAUGAUGAGUCCUCAUACUGACCUUCUGUCUAUUGUCCCUGUGUUGUGAUUCCAGAGCAGCGUGGAGGCUUCAGGGGAGGCCGGGGACGAGGCUUCGGAGGCAGGAGCCGAGGCCGAAUCUACUGAGUCCACCAUCACACACUGAACUGCAGCACAUCAGAAUCCCUGCCGCAACUGAGGUGGUCUCCACGACCACCGCUCCUCAACCCUGUGUCCACUUGUUCUUUUUCCUCCGGCUCCAAACGCCCCCCUCAAAGUAAAUCCACUUCAAGGAGACUGGGCUUCAGACUUUUCUACCAGUUGUUUCUACCACGACACUGUUCCCCGGCGAAGCGGUUGUUCAAGUAGAUCAUCGUGUCUUAGUUUUUUUAUUAUUAUGAGUGUCUUUUUGUGGAACCAGAGACUGCCAAGUUGUACCUGAUUUUGAUAUUUUUGUCAGAUGUCGGAACGUCUUUCUUUGUUUUACAAAAUGGUGACGAAUGCAUUCUUUCUAUAUUUUUAUUUAAUCCUUACAUUUUUAGAGCUUGGAUUUGGAUUGGCCUGCUCUCUUCGCUACUUUGUAUGAAUCGACAAUGAAGUUUUCAUCUGAAUUUUAUCAUAAACUUGUAUUGAAGUCUCACCACCUUGCUCCCUUUGUUUGUGUAACACCUUGUUA